CUAAAAAAAAUGUUUAUGUAAAUUUACAAUCUAAUUCAAACCCGAGAUACUCAACCCGAACCCGACCAAUUAAACACUCCACGUAAGCUAAUUCCAACCUAUACCACCUUGUCAAUUGCUAAAAAGAAAAGAAAAAAAGUCAGCCAAAAAUUCUUGAAAAUUCAACGCUAAAAAUCCUGUAAUAUCAACAAACCCAGAGGAUUGGCUUUCUUCUUCCUCCUUUGGGGUCAGCCAAUUUGAACUUGACCAUCAUUCUCUGCCACCCAACACCUUCCUCCCGCCCUCCACUUUCUCUCUCCUCUUCGAUGCCAUUGUUAAACCCUUCAAUUUUCCAGAUCUCUUUUUUCUUCCAUUUCACCUUUUAAUUUCUCCUGAGAUCUGGUGAAUUAUUGAUCAAUUUGAUACAAUUUUCAAAAAAAAAUUAAAAAAAUUAUAGAAAAUGAUUACGAUUCCAUAUUUGACUGCAUUAACAACCUACUUUAGUUAUGGGUUGUUAUUUGUUUUUGGUCAAUUACGUGAUUUAUUCCGUAAAAUCGUCGAUCGGUGGACUACCAGCACUGUUGAGGGUUACGCGCCGAUUUGUUUAGGAUAUGAAGAUUUCUAUAUUCGUCGUCUUUACCUUCGAAUUCAGGACUGCUUUGGACGACCGAUUUCAAGUGCCCCAGAUGCUUGGUUUGAUGUUGUGGAACGUUAUUCCAAUGAUCAUAACAAGACUUUAAAACGAACUGACAAAGUUAAGCGUUGUCUUAACUUGGGCUCUUAUAAUUAUCUUGGAUUUGCAGCAGCCGAUGAGUAUUGCACACCUCGUGUAAUUGAAUCACUAAAGCAGUUUUCUGCCAGCACCUGUAGCCCGUCUGUAGAUGGAGGCACUACUACACUGCACAGUGAACUAGAGGAGUGUGUUGCCAAAUUUGUUGGAAAACCAGCUGCUUUAGUGACUGGAAUGGGAUAUGUUACAAAUUCUGCUAUUAUCCCUGCUCUGAUUGGGAAGGGUGGGUUAAUUAUUAGUGAUUCUUUGAAUCACAGCUCCAUUGUCAACGGUGCUCGUGGAUCAGGGGCUACUGUUUGUGUUUUCCAACAUAAUACUCCAUCUCAGUUGGAGAAAGUUUUGAGAGAACAAAUUGCUGAGGGUCAACCCAGGACACACAGACCAUGGAAGAAAAUCAUUGUUGUUGUGGAGGGCAUAUAUAGUAUGGAGGGAGAACUCUGCAAACUUCCUGAGAUUGUAGCUAUAUGCAAAAAAUACAAGGCGUACAUUUACCUGGACGAGGCACACAGCAUUGGAGCUGUAGGGAAAACUGGUAGAGGUGUCUGUGAGCUCUUAGAAGUUGAUACAGCUGAUGUUGAUAUCAUGAUGGGAACUUUCACAAAGUCAUUUGGAUCGUGUGGUGGUUAUAUUGCUGGCUCAAAGGAGCUUAUUCAGUAUCUCAAGUACACAUGUCCGGCUCAUCUUUACGGGACAUCAAUUUCACCACCGGCCGCACAACAAAUUGUGUCUGCAAUAAAGGUUCUUCUUGGAGAGGAUGGUUCGAGUAGAGGUUCUCAGAAGUUGACCAGAAUACGUGAAAACAGUAACUUCUUCCGGUCGGAACUACAGAAGAUGGGAUUUGAGGUCCUUGGGGAUAAUGAUUCUCCGGUGAUGCCUAUAAUGCUCUACAAUCCUUCCAAAAUUCCUGCAUUCUCUAGGGAAUGCCUCAAGCAAAAUGUGGCUGUUGUUGUUGUGGGAUUUCCAGCUACACCGCUAUUGUUGGCUAGGGCACGUAUAUGCAUUUCUGCAUCUCAUUCAAGGGAGGACCUUGUUAAGGCUCUUGAGGUUAUCAGCAACGUUGGUGAUCUGGUUGGAAUUAAAUACUUCCCAGCCGAGCCAAAGAAGGAGCAUCAGGAGGAUGGUGCAGUGAAGCUGGACUAAUAUUUCCAAUUUUGUGGUAGCAUAAAGAUGAGGGAAAGGUUAGGUUGGAUGUUAGUGUGCAAAAUAUUAGUAGUAUUUUUUUAGUGUCUCCAAAGGAGUUUCAUAUGGGCUGCAUCUGCAUGUUGUGAAAUUAAGGACUUAUUGUUCUUCUCCCUCUUUGUUCAAUUUUUUUGUUUUUAAGUUCACAGUUGUCUAACCCGAAUGGGGCUCCUGUUUGGAGGCUUCUUUUGUAAAUAUUGAAUGUCUUUCUCGAAAUUACUUGGAUUACAAUUCUUUCAAUUCUGUUCUUCCA